AUGAAUAGUGUUGUGUAUAUAUUAUUGACAAGCAAACUGUGGAACAACGUGGCGUCCUGCAUGGAGAAAUGGUUCGGUGAUAAACGGUUGUGGUUAUUCGGCAACAACCUGCCGUUACUACCAAGGAGAUCGCGGGCCAGCAGCCGAGCUAUGGAGCGUUAUGAGAAACUUGCGAAGCUGGGCGAGGGUUCGUACGGGCUGGUGUACAAGUGUCGGAACAGAGAGACGGGGGAAGUGGUCGCCGUGAAGAAGUUUGUGGAGAACGAGGACGAUCCUCUCAUACGGAAAAUAGCGCUGAGGGAGAUACGCAUGCUGAAGAAUCUGAAGCAUCCAAACUUGGUGAAUCUCAUCGAGGUUUUCCGAAGGAAGCGCAAGCUGCACCUUGUGUUCGAGUACUGCGACCACACCGUCCUGCACGAACUGGAGAAAUACCCAGCAGGUUGUCCAGAACUGCUGUCGAAGCAGAUAAUCUGGCAGACGCUCCAGGGUGUAGCCUACUGCCACCGACACAACUGUAUUCAUCGCGACGUGAAGCCUGAGAACAUCUUGCUGACCAGCGACGGGGUCGUCAAGCUGUGUGACUUUGGAUUUGCGAGAAUGAUAAGUCCCGGCGAGAGUUACACGGACUACGUGGCCACCAGGUGGUACAGGGCUCCGGAACUGUUAGUCGGUGACACGCUAUACAGCACUCCCGUCGACGUGUGGGCUAUAGGUUGUGUGUUCGCUGAGUUGCUGUCAAGUGAAGCUCUAUGGCCGGGUAAGAGUGACCUCGACCAGCUGUACCUGAUCCGUAAGACGCUGGGCGACCUGCUGCCGAGACACAUGACGAUAUUCUCACAGAAUACAUUCUUUCAGGGCAUGGAGUUGCCAGAGCCGACUAGUCUGGAGCCCCUUGAGAAAAAAAUACCGCAACGUUACGCCAAUAACGAUUUGGUCUUAGACUUCUUAAAGAAGUGUCUGGACAAGGACCCGCUAGCCCGCGCCACGUGUGAGCAGUUACUACGUCACGCUAUAUUCGAGAACUUUCUAUACGCAGUCCCUAGAACAGAUCAUGAUGACUUCGAGAAGGCUAGACGAGCACAGACACAAUCGUCCCCAAUGCUGCCACAACUGAUAAUCUCUGAAAGGACGCAGCCGAGGAAGAAGUCUGACCUGGACGGCCGAGCACACCUCCCCACCAUAUGA